UGAAUUCACAUCGAUUGCAAACGGUGUUCGCAGCGCAACCAAACAGAAGUAGCUGGAAAUCGGCGUGCGGUCUUCUCUCGUCCUCGUCGAUAGUCGUUUGAGUCCACGUAGUCCACACGAAGUUCGUCGGGGUGUGUAGUGAGUGUGUUGCAAGAAAGAAGUCACCGGGGAUGGAUUGAUUGAUUGAUCGUUUCAAGUUCAAGAGGUGCCCGGUGCCAGGUCAUUCGCGUUCAGAUCGUUCGAUGUGCGGUCGUGUGAUGUGAUUUAUUGGCGGAUGUGAGAAAAUCUUGGAGGAGUGACAAACUAACGGAUACCAACGCGAUUUCUUUUGGAGCUAUCACGUGCUGGAAUGGAAGCCGAACUAUUCUUCGACUUCUGCUAGACUAGACUUGUUUGGAAAAUUAGUGUUUUUGCUUUCCGAGUGUCGAUGUUGGUGAAUUAUGCAAACUGUCGUCGUUUCUGGGAAGGUUUCCGCUAACUAGUACCCAAGCUUGUAAACAGUGACCACAAACACGGAAGAGUAUUUGCCAGUGACACAGAGACCGCCUGAGGGUAGUUUGUUGGUGUUGUUGAGAGAACCGCUGAAACCUUGUAACGCUUUUCACUUUCAGUUGAAGUGACCGUUUUGUUAUUAUUUUACUUUGCACGCGUAACGGAAAAGUCUGUUUUAUGAAACUACCGGGCGAACGCGUUGCCAGAGUGAUGAAUCUCGAAGAGCCAGCAUUCGCAGAUAAUUACAUACAGGAGUUUGUGCUGGAGCACCUGGAAAGUGCCGCCGUCAAGCGGGAGGACAUUAGCCCGACAUCGGCGACUGCCAAAAUAUGGGCCUCCACUGCUGACGAAAACGGAUUCAUUCCAAUACGAUUGAAGGCCAACGGGACAACAUGGCAUGUGGAGGAACGCAAAGUCAACUCCAUCACUCCGAACUCGGAUUUCUAUCCUCAUCCAACGCACGGGCAACCGGUACUACUAAAUCCUCCAAUCUCAGGAGUUCCUUCGACUCCGCCGGAAACUCCCCCAGUAGUUGGCUCCCCAAAUCACACCAACUCCAGCACCUAUACCUACUACGGCAACAGGAUCCAGGCCGAGCAGAUGGAAAGCAUGAUGAUCGUUCCUCAAACCAUGCGUAUGGAACAACCCUUGGAUCUACGUCCUUCGCAUCAGUUUUCCAUUGCCACCGAAGGCGAGUGGUUAGAACGCAAGGAAUACCUACAAGCUCACUCUGCCAAUGGGUUUUCCCAUCACCAUCAUCAUGCUCAGCUGGAACACCUAAACCAGUUACACGGACCUUCGCACCACAGUCUUCACCAUUCGAAUCGGCCGCAAUCGACCAGCUCAACUGGGUCUCUUGCAUCACCCAGGAACAGUCACAGCAGUGGAAGUUGCUACACCAACGGCCCCACUCGAGAAGAUCUCAUCAACGACGACAUGCUGAUAGCUCUUUCGGUUCGGGAACUCAACAAACGACUUCACGGUUGUCCCCGAGAUCAAGUAGUACGCCUCAAACAGAAACGACGCACACUUAAAAAUCGCGGCUACGCACAAAACUGUCGCUCAAAACGUCUCCAACAACGCCACGAUCUCGAAAUUACCAAUCGGCAGCUCCAGAACGAGAUGCACCACAUGAAGAUGGAGAUGGCCUUGAUCAAGCAGGAACGGGAUGAGCUUAGAAGCAAAAUCCGAGAUCACGACGCCAAAAUGGCUCUGGUAGCCGCUGCCCAUCAUCAGAGCAGCAUCCAUCAGCACCAACACGCACCACCACCACCGUCGGUCUCCUCGCAGCCAUCUCGCAGUUCAGCAAGCGCCGCAGCUUCUGCAGCUUCCUCCUGCAAACAGCAACAGCAAAUUAUCCAGGACAGUACCAGUUCCCCGGAGUAUUACGUAUGACGCCAGAUUGGGAGCCAACAACCGUGGAUCGGCCGUUAUGCUUCCUAAUGUCGCGGAGUAGUCCUCCGCCCUUGACACCGAAAUCAUGGAUCGACAAGUACGCGUAGUCAGGGUUUAUGUUAUUUUUAACUUCUUUUUUUCACUGUUUCCUGUAAAUAGCAGCGCGUUCUGCGAAAAAUCCACUCGAUGAAGAUACUGAAUGCCAACAGAUAAGAAUAAAUCAAACGAUCAAGACUGGAUCUGAUUAUGUGCAGGGCGCAGUAGGGUCUAAGGCAAAACAAUACUAAAGUUAGCGAGGGAUUGUUGCUGAGUUGCGAUUCCGUCGGAUAGGUAGCUGGCGAUGGUUGGGAUUAUCUUUGAGAGCAUUUUUUUGUAAUCGAGUAUACUUAAAUGCGUUGAAUUUCUUGUGCUGUGAAAACAAUAUAUCAACUAGUUUAAAUCUAAGGUUUAUCGAGAAAAUUAAUUGGCAGUCAAACUACGAUUUAUGUAAGAGUUUGAAAAUUUGACCAACUACAUCCUCAAGCAUUUUUUAUGAACAUCCCUUCAACGAGUUCUUACUGUUACCAAAUUUAUGUUGAUUCACAGAAAUACUGCUUCUACCCGCAAACGGUCCAAUAUUGUUAGUGAUUCCUAUCAAUCUGGAAUCGUUAUGCGCGUAUGGACAGUAAAAUAAUCUAUUAAUAAAUUCACCAUUUCCAAGCAAGCAUUUCAAAUAAGCUACUUCAAAUCUAUCGAA